AUGAUACGAGGAUAUACAUCCGUAUUGAGAAAAUCACUUUGGUAUUUACCAUCAAUGGGAUUCUCAAAGAAAUUGGGUAUUGGAGAAGCAUCCAGUGUAUUAGAAGAUAAAAUUAAAAAUAUUUCCUAAUUGGUAAAGGAUUAUAGUGAUAAAUUAGAAUGACAUCAAAGAAUAUGGUACAGUUAUCUCUAUUGGUGAUGGUAUUGCUAGAGUUUUUGGAUUGACAUAAGUUUAAGCAGGAGAAAUGGUUGAAUUCAGUUCAGGAGUAAGAGGUAUGGCCUUGAAUUUGGAAACAGAUAAUGUGGGUAUUGUCGUGUUGGGUAAUGACAGGUAAUUCAUUUUAAUUCAUUUAUUCUAGAGAUAUCUAAGAAGGAGAUAUUGUCAAAAGAACAGGAGCUAUUGUCGAUGUCCCUAUUGGAAUGGAAAUGUUGGGAAGAGUAUUUGAUGCUCUUGGUAAUCCAAUUGAUGGACAUGGUCCAGUCAAAACAAAUGCAAGAAGAAGAGUUGAAUUAAAAGCACCAGGAAUUAUUCCAAGAAAGAGUGUCCAUGAACCAAUGUAAACAGGAUUAAAGGCUGUUGAUUGUUUGGUUCCAAUUGGAAGAGGAUAAAGAGAAUUGAUUAUUGGUGAUAGAUAAACAGGAAAGACUGCUAUUGCUAUUGAUACAAU